AUGACACCCAUGUCAUAUGAUUGUCCUGGUACCGAACAAGUACCUGAUGAUUGCGAUAAAUGUGAACAAACGACAAUUACAACUUGCACACCUACUACAUUAUUUGGUGAAAGAAGUGUUUGCUAUUAUUAUCAAAAGCCAACUGUGUUCAGUUCUCUACAAUACUAA